CUGUUUCCAGGGACAACAGCAAUGGCGGCGCCACUGCCAGAGCGGCUGUUCUCGCUGGAGCUGCUCGUAGACUGGGUGCGCCUUGAAGCCGGGGUGCUGCCGUCGCCCGCAGUUGCAGUGGAGGAGGAAGAGGAGGUUUCGCCGCCUCCUCCAGCGGGUUCCCUCUGCCCCGCGGUGGCCUUCCGCUUGCUGGAUUUCCCAACGUUGCUGGUUUACCCUCCUGCCGGCCCCGCGGCGGAAUCCCGGCCCGGUAUGGUCAGCUUCGGUCGCGGCAAGUCUUGUCUCUUCCGCCUGUAUCCUGCCACUCUGCACCGCUUGCUCCUUCGGACCCCGCUUUAUGCGCUACUCCUGCAGCUGACCCCCGGUUACCCUACGCCCGCCCCGCAGCUCCUGGGUAGCUGUGGCAUCUUGCUGGCAGACGCAGCCCAAAAGGUUCUGGGCUCGGCUGCGUCCACCUGCUCCCAGGGUCAUCGAGGAAGCUACCCCUUGCGCAACUUACUAGGGGAGCGGAUUGGGGACAUUGCGCUGCGCUACUGCCUGACAGACCUGGGGAGGUGCUCUCUGGGUCAUUUUGAGCGACCUGUCACCUGUACUGGAGGUAGACUGGAAAGGGUAGAGGGUCAGAGAGCAGGCAAAGUUAGUUCCCAGACACUGCAGGAAAAACAACAGUUUAUGCAUCAGACUUCAGAGCCAAACUCAGUAGUUGAUGAUAGGCACCUGGUGGAUUUAAAAAUCACAGAGGCACAGAAGGAUUUAAAGGAAAUAAUUUUUCACAGUGAUGCCAGCUCUGAUACCACAGGUGUGAAAAGGGGCAAAAUCAACUCUGUUAUUUGUGCAAAUGCUAGCAGUAGAUGUAAUAGCCCCCUAAACCAAGAAGAGUUGGACAUUGAAACCAAUACCUUUUGCCCUCCUCCUCUGUAUUACACUCAUUUGACUCAAGAAAAGCCUCCUGCAUUGGGUAAAAUCACAUUUGUGCCACAAGUUAAUGUGCAUGAAGAACUGGAUGGUAUUUUUCAGGAAGGAAAAUGUGUAAACCCCCCAACACACACCAAUCAUCUAAAAUAUGUAAAUACCACAACAAAUGAAAGCCCUUCAGUGCUUAAGAGUCCUCCAACAUAUAUUCAGGAUAUAGGAGCAAGUAAUCAAACUACAUGUCACCCUCAAACUGAACAAAAUAGAACUAAUACUAUAAGGCAGCUUCCUUUGUUAAAUGCUUUGUUAGUUGAGUUGUCCUUGUUAUGCAACCAACCCAUGUCAAGCCCUACUUAUGUACAUCCUCAUCUAGCCAGGUUAUCUAGAACUGAAGAUAAGAAGGCUCCAAACUCUUCUUCCAAAUUAACACGUAAAUCUGAAUCUAAGAAGGAAAAACCGUGUAUAGAGGAAAAGUCAGUAAGUCUUCAAUAUGUUGAAAAUCUCAAGAAAGGUAUGUAUUUUGAAAAGAACAGUGAUGUUCUCCCAAAACGAGUUCCAAGGAGGAGGCUGCUUUAUGGCAUAACAAAUACACUAAAACUACGUUUAAAGCAAACAAAUCCUGAUAUGUUGGCAGUACAUGAAAAAAGAGAAAAGUAUAGAAAAAUGCAAGCACAAAUGUUGGGUGCAAAACUGAGAAUCCAAUCAUCCAAAAGAAAAGUAUUAAGCUUUACAGAACAACUUCAGAAGCGACAUCAACUACUUGAAGAGAAGUGUUUAGAUUCAGAUGUUUCUUUUGCUGAAAAUAGUGAUACUUCAAGGCAAAUUAGUGAAGUUUUUGAUGACCUUAGCACAACUAAAGUAAUUAAACUGAAAUGUGCAACUGAAACAGUUGAUUACAAUGAAAAUAGAAUCAAUAGUUGUUCAGUAGAAGACAUAAGUGCUGCAAAAUCCAUUAUUUCAGAAGAAUUUACUCAUGCAAACACUUUAGAAGGAAAAGUGGAAACAGUCCAAAGUCCAUGUGUUUUCAAACAGGAUGCAAUUAUGGACAGAAUUACAGUAGGUACAGAAAAAGCUAAUAGGCAGGUCAAAACCACAGAUAAUGACAUUCUUACUGAUGAUAUAAGUGAAAAUAGUUGCUCUGAAAGCAUCUCAGAACUAAAGUACUCAGAUGAUUUUACUAGCCUUUGUUAUUCUGAAGAUAUCUGUACCAAUCAGGACACCAGCAAAAGUAUACAAGCUCAUGAUAGCAGCCCAGAAAAUCCAAAAUGUCAACAUACAAGUAAGUCUUGUGAAGCAGUAUCGUACAUAAGGAAAUAUAGCAAUGAGAAAAGUUCUAUUCUUAGCCCACCUUUUUCAGCUGGAUCACCAGUGCACUCAUAUAAAACAUCUCAUACUUCAAAGAUUCAGGAGAAAAGUUAUGAAGAAGCAUCUAGUAUCUCUACUAGUGACUUAUCUUCAUCACACUGGACUGAGGAGAAAGAAAAACAGAUAGACCAAAAUAGUAUGUGUGGUUCUAAAGUUAAAAAGGGAAGUCAAGACUUUUCUAUUAAAACAAAAUCUGGUCGCAAGUCAUUAGAAAAAAGUCAGUCACUAAGGACAUCUCAAGUGAGUUCUUACCUGCCAUCUAAUUUGUCAGAAUUAGAACAUAAUGCCCUGGAUAGCAGUACAUCAGAUCAGUUUGAAGAAGACAGCGGCAAAGUUGGUUCACUAAAUAUUUCUAAGCAAUGCAAAGAUAUUUGUGAAUUAAUAAUAAAUAAACUUCCAGGAUAUACAGUGUAA